AUGAGUUACACAAAUAUCAAGGACUAUAGAGAUGAAAUAGACAAACUUAAUAGCGAACUCAACGAAACCACUGAAACUGCUCUUGCUGAACAAGAAUACAGGGCCAAAAAUCUAAGUAGUGAUAUUACGCAAAUAAUACAGUCUCUCAGCCAAGAAAACGAUUUGAUUAGAGUCCCAGAGACCGAAAAAUGGAUUGAUCCAUCCUCUAUAACUCCAGGAAUCAAUGAAUCAAAUAAGAUUAUUUCUAUUUUAAAGGAAGUUUAUUUAGAGCAGGAAUCCUUAGACAACUUUCUGAGACUAACAGUAUCGUCAAAUUCUAAUGAAUUUGACAAGAUACGAUCAAAGGACGAUCCAGUAUUUCGAGAGUUGGAGGACGAGGUUAAUUAUUUGGAAUCUACCCAGCUGCAGAAUCAGUUGAAUGCAAUCAACGUGAUAAAGUCGAAAAUAUCGCAAAAGAGCAAUGAAUUAUCGCAAGAUGAGAUGAAAAUAAACGAAGUAUGUCUUAAUACUGCUGAUGAAAUAGAUGAAUGCUUUCAAUUGAUCAUUGAGUUAGAGAAAUUACAGGAAGAUAGAAUUGAAAAAGUGAAGAAUGUUAGACUAGAGGAACUAAACGCUACUACUGAAGCGUUUAACGAAUGGGAAAAUAUUGUUACUUUGAGGAAAAACCUUUCUGAAUUAGAAAGAGAGCUGCACUUACUAAAAACUACGAACCAAAGCGAUAAGAGACAAGAUAAAUCCCUAAGCAGCAGUUACUCGGUGCUAUUGGAACUAACAAACCUUUAUAGAAAAAAAUAUCAAAGAUUUACAAAGAAGUUGGUAUUGACAAACUCGAAAUUCACCAAGAAAGCAAAACUGUGA